AUGUCAGAAAUGCGAGCGGAUUCCGCAGCCCGGCGGGUAGACUUCUUCGACAGUUGGCUGCCGGCGCUCACCGAUAACGAAACGUUGGAGGAAUACACGCUGCCCCUGAGCGCCUGGAAUCAGCAGCUGUGGAAGCGGUUCUUCGAUACGCUACCGACGAGGAGGGUCACGAGAAAAAUCACGAUCGAGAUCACCCAGGACGACUACCAUUCCAUGCCUACGGUGUACGGAGUCCUCGAAGAAACGCCGGGACUGGGAUGCUUGGUCUUCUUCAAGCGCCUGAACCCGCUGAGCAGCUCCGACACGAUGUGGAACGAGCCAUCUCAGUGUCACGCGUGGUUGUUCCACAAUACUCGAGAAGUCUUCUCGGGCAUUCUGCGGCAGCUGCCGUUGCUCAGUCACGUGACCUGCGCGCAGUUCCGCAUAUCCGCCGACCUCCUCGAUCAAGCCACGUCCGCGACCAUAUCGUCCUACAGGCUCUGUCUCGCCUACUUCUCCCUCGAAACCGGCGCUGACAAUGCGGUGGGUUUUUGGAGCGAAGUUGUCGAGUCGCUCGCCGCUAAUACGAGCUUGACGACGGUGGCGUUGAAGCCCAGGUACAUUACGGAAAGCGCCAUUCAGAGCCUGGCGAACGUGCUCAAGUCGAGCCGCAACAUCCACACGGUGCAGAUAGACUUCGAGGAAAGCGCGGACGCUGACGCCUUCGUGCGAGCUUUGUCUGCCGGACUGGCGGAAACGUACGUGCUGCUCGGCAUCAUCUUGAGCGGCUACUGCGACAGCCGAGUUCCGAGAGAGUGGUUCGCCGUGCGGGACACUGCUCGCCGGAACUCCUGCUUGGUGGCGCUAGCUGCCGAAUUCGGGAGCGGUCAUCGACGCGACAGGUACUGCGCCGGAGCCCUGGAACGCGUGCACAGCCACUCCGCUCUACUCGGACAGGUCGCCCAGCUGUCGUCCGUCGGCUACGUCGACGCAGCCGCCAUGGUGCGCGAGGCCCUCGAGAGCAUCCAGUGCAUCCACGCGUUCAUGAGGCUCGCCGGUGUGGUCAAGGAGCGGGUGCGGUGCCGCCCCGGCACGGAAGCCGGCGGCGCGCAGCUGGACGGCCUCGACGACCACUGCUGGAGGCUCGUGAGGCGAUACCUGAGGCUAGACGACGUCGUGGAGUCUGCGCCGUUGCCGUCGAGUUCGUAGGCUAUCGUUCAAAGCCCAGCGGCGAGCGUCCGAGCUGGCAGCCCAACCGGGCGCGUAUAUUCUAUUGGCUUACAGCUCUCUCGCCCCUUCGUGUCUUUGUUUAUUGGUUUGUAAUGAAAGGUAGACGCUUUGAUCGACAUUUACGAGUGUUACGUGUGUCGCGUGCGGAGAACGCCUCGGCUAAUGAAGGCCUGUAGUCUCCGAUUGUAGGGAACCCUUUAAUUAUGACACCCAAGGGGCACGCAAUCCGCAAUCCGCCCCGUUUCAAAGGAGAUGCCAAA